CAUGGAGUCCUUGAAAAUAUUUGACGAUUUUAAAUUCAGUGAUUUAAGUGAAGAUUGGAUUCAAUCCGUUUGGGAUACAGAAUUUAUGAUCUACAAGGAACCACCUGAUGAGUACCUCAUGUUUUUGGAGAGCGAAGACAUGAGACUGCUUUUACAUGAAUCAUAUAUUGCUGUAAAAACCUGGCUGGCAGAAGACACAAACCAAAAUAACUCUGAACAUUGCUCCGAUAUAUCUUGGAGUACAUUGAUAAUUUUGGAUGUAAAGGUGCGUGCUCUAUUAACUAUAUUGGGUUACGUAAUAAAGAGCGGUCAGGAGAAAGAUGCUGAAAGAGACUCAAGGCAAUCAUGUCUAUAUGCAACUAAUUUAUAUUUCAUACUCUUGGCUGUUCCUGGUAGCAGCGCAUUUAAUGUAUUUCAUCCAAACUUGUAUCAAAGAGCUAUUGAAACACUGAAAGUAAACUCUGAGCUACUACAACCACAGAUCAAAAAAAGGAACAAAACAAUGAAUUUAGAUGACUUUACUAUUAAGGAUGAGUCGGUACACGACAUUACCCUUUCACCCAAUGAAAGAGAAGCUUUGAUCAAAAAUUUAGAUAUAACCAUUUGUAGUCUUACCAUCAUGAUAAAAUCAUUUUGGUUUAAGGAUUAUGUGCAAUCAUUGGAUGUUACUAUUAAUGGAUUGCUUGAAGUCACAAAAGUAGAAACUGAUUGUGUAGAUUUUCAGUACAGUAAUAGGCAAAGAGGUUCUAUAGAAGUUUCAUUGAUAAAAAAUGCUUAUUUAGCUUUGCAAGAAUUAUGUGAUAGUAAGCAUGGAGCUAUUAAAGUUACUAUAACAAUCAUAGCAAAGUAUGUUUUACCUCGUCUAUUAUGCAGUCAUAUGGACACACAAAUAAAAUCUAUUGUAAUUUUACGUGAAUCUACUAUAAAUUUUUUGAAAAUUUUAUUGGAAGUACACGAGAAAGAAGCUAAAAUAGCUAUUAUAACACUAAUACAGAAUUUGAUGCUGCAUUGUCCAGAUAGACUUGAAGCCCGUCAAAAGCAAGCUAGUAUAUUGAUAAAAGUCUUUGGAAUUUGUAAACAAAACAUUUUACUAGAAGGCUUUAAAAAUGUAAUACUAUUAUCACAUCAUAGUAAAAUACCUCUCAGAAUAUUUGCUCAAGAAAUAAUUGGAAAAUUAUUGAUUGAAAACUUUUUAAUGGAUUGUAGCAUGAUAGACAGUCUAAAGUUUCAAGCAAAAAAAGUAUUUCUUGCAAUUGUAUUAAGUAGAUGUAUGGACUGUUCAAAUAUGGUGAGAGGAAAAGCCAUGGCAAUAAUUGCAGAGUUCACAGAAUUUAAUAAUGAAGUAGACAAAUUAAUAUUUCAAACUAUGUUCAAAGAUUCUGAUCCAAAUAAAACAUUUCCAUCAUUUGAUGAUAUCAAGGAUGCCCUGUGCAAAGAUAUUGACUUAUUACCUGGUUCAAAUGUUUUAAUAAGUAUGCUAACAGAACGAAUAGAGGAUGAAAGAGCAAUGAUACGACGAAGUACCUUGCACAUUUUGAAAAAUUUGAUUUUAAUGUUUCCACCUCUAAUGAAUGAAAUGAUACCUGUAAUUAGUCGUCGAUGUAGAGAUACAACAUUAACCGUACGCCGAUUUGCUGUGCAAGUUUUAUCUCAAAUUUUGCAACAGUUCCCGGAUAAUUCUCUACUUUUGGAUGAGUGGGUACAAACUGUUGUUCCACAAAUAUUUGAUAUAGAAAUCAAAGUACAAGAAAAGGUACUGGAAUAUUUACAAGAGUUACUGCUAAACAGAAUAGUAGAUUUUUCUAUGUGUAGUGACACUGCAGGAAGUACUUUGCCAUGGAAAAUUCUGAAUACAUUAACUAACAUGAAAAUGCGAAGGCAUUUAUCGAAAGCUUGUAACCUAUGGGUUAAAACUGGUAUUAUUACUAAUUCUGUAGUAAAAAAUAUACAGUCUCAUAUCGGAACGAAAAAUAACAUAGGAGCUUGGAUCUUUUUAGCUGCUCUGGCAGAAAAUAUGAAAUUGCCAAACAUGAAUAAAUAUAUAUCGAAUUACAGAGAAAUUUUGGAAGAGAAUGACUUUUAUACAAGCUUAGUUCUGCAAGUUUUAAGAUAUUCGUGGAAGUCCUUGGAUAAUGAAGUUUUGGAGUGUCUUCAUGUAUAUAUUUAUAAAUGUAUACAGGAAUUUAAAAUCAACUUUGGUUUGAUUAGUGUUUCCUUGGACAUUAUACACAAUAUAAUACAGCAUUUAAAUCCUAAUAAGGAUAGUAAUUCACUGGAGUCAAAUAUGCUAAAUCUGAUCAAGAUUUCCGAGAAAGAAAUUACUAAAGGUUUUAAAAAUGAAAGCCUGGCUAUAGAAGCAGCACCUAACUAUCUGAAAGCUAUAUUCACGUUAGGCCAUACUACACUUUUGUGUACUUGUAAAAUUUCACCAUUAAUAUUACGCAUUUUACAAGGGAUGCUUCUAGAAUGGAAUGUCUUGCCAGAAGCAAUAAAGGAAAUACAAGAGUUACGAGCAUCGGCAGUUAUUAUUCUUGGUCAGCAAGCUGUAAGAGAUCGCGAAGUUGCGAUAGAAGUAGUUCCGAUAUUUGGUAGAUUAAUGAGACAGGAAACCAAUCUGAAUUCAGCUGUCGAAAUUGCUGUGAAGAUAAACGCUGCAAAGGCUUUAGCCGAUAUUUGUAUUAGAUUCACUGCAAUAGUUGAACCCUAUUUGUCAGAUAUGUGUGUUAGUAUGAAGGAUUCGAGUCCACAAGUACGAGAAGUUAUUAUGGUGAUAUUUAUUCAGCUGCUUCUCGAAGAUUAUGUAAAAGUUAAGGGCCCAUUUUUUUUUCACAUGUUGACAAUGUUAUCAGAUUCGGACAACGUGAUACGUGAAUUAACCAUUUUCUUAAUAGAAGAAAGACUUUUAACAAAGAACAAAACAUUGAUAUCACAACAGUUUUUACAAAGUAUGUAUCAUUACAACAAUUAUGAAUCUCAGCACAAAAUUUGUCAUCACAAAAUGCGUGAGAAGGAAAGAAAAGCAUUAACACUUCCUGGGAAAAAAAAUGAAGAUAAACGACGAACAAUUUAUGACUUUAUGUUAGAUCACUUGGAUCCUCCAGGAAAGAUAAAGUUACUUGUAAAAAUAACUAGUCAAAUAUUCGGUGGAAUUUGUCUUGAUUUGGUUGAUGUUAGGAAAGAGGAGGGAGCAUGUGUUUUAAAGGAUGCAUUAUAUGUAAUUAGUAAUGAUCGUUUGCAACCGUCAUCAUUUCACAAACAUGGCGACGAUGAUCAACAAGAAUCUGAAGAACCUACAGUUCAAGCAGUUACACCAGCUACUAAUGCAAUAACUAUUAUUGUUGAAGGAAUGAAGAAACAUGGUUUAGAAGUUUUAUUGCCUAUAUUAAUAAAACUGAUAAAGAAGUUAUCAGUUCUAAGAUCUCCAUUGGAAAAUGAUGUAAAAAAACUUUUGGUUAAAACAUAUUCAAAGUAUAGCAAAGAUCAAUUGAUUAAUAUACUAAAUGAAUACCCUGAAUUGGAAAAAGAAGUGGAACAGUUCAAGAAGCAAGUGGGAGAUAUUAGUUUUGAGAAUGAGGACUCUAGUGAAGAAGGAAGUUUGCCGUGUGAAACAAAUAAUCAGAGUAAAUCUACCCGGAAUUCAGAGUCAAGAAUGUCUGAGUUACAUCCUACAAUUCAGCUAGAACGUAUUUCAAUUUCUCGUAUUUCAAAAAGUACAUCGUUAAAUCCUAACCUACCACUUUCACCAACUAGUUCUAUAGAUAGUUGGCAUCCUAUAUCUUCGACGCCAAUUUUACAACCACCUUCACCUUCGCAACCUGGUCCAAGCACAAGUACAACGUUGUCUAAUUGCUCUGAUUUUAAUGCUAACACUGACUAUAUUUUAAAAAGUAGAAGACCUUCCAUUUUAUUUCAAUAUACAAGGAAAUCAAACAGUUCUAAACAUAAAACGCUAGAAUUUAUGGCCCAAGUUCAAGAUGACAGUGAGUCUGAUUAGGAUAGGUAAGAGAAAAUAUUUUUAUUUCUUUAUUUUUAUUUAUGGUGCAAUUUAUAGAAAUACAAAGGAAAAUUUACGUACCUCCUAAUUUGCGGUGAAGUCGAGACAACGUUUGUGAAAUUGUAGAUGCGCGGGUUUCCAAUUCCUUCUUUUUAUCUGAAACGUGAAAAUUAUUUUCAAAUAAUAGGCAAAACAUUUGAUACUUUGCUCUUACCCUUAUUUAUCUGCACUAAAGGAUCUUUGUGUAAAUCUUUCGCAAUAUAAAUAUUCUCGGCAAUAAGUUGAAUUAACCCACGAACUUCUUCAACCUGUAUUAACAUUAUUUAUAUGUCUACUGCCAAUUUUAAAGUCUGUGAUAUUUAAACGGUGACUUAACUGUGUGCAUAUGUAUAGGAAUACAUACUUCAUCAAAUACUUGCUGCAGUUUUUUAUUUCGAGAUAUGUUGAUGUGUAUAUCUUGUAUUAAUCCCUUGCCGAACUUAUUGUUAUUCAUUUGAGCCUAAAGAGAAGUAGAAAUAAAUAUUACACAUUGAAAAUAGUAUUCAAGGAAUGUAAAAAGUAUAUUAGCUUUUCGAAAUGAAGCUACUUGUGGUUCAACGUUUGCUAUGGUAGUUCCUAUAGAUUAUAAUAUUAACGUGAAUGGCAUUUCCACAUGUAAUUUUAUUCAAUUUAACAUUUCAUUAUAAGCAAUAAUUUUCAUCCUUGAUUUUCGCGAGUAAUGAAAUACUAACGGCGUGUAACUCCGCUAUUCGAUCGCGAACCAUCGUGAAUAUCGCUUGAGGAUCAAUGUGUAACUGAUAAUUCCGUAAAUUCAAUACACGAAGUAUGCGUCCAGUUAUCUAUCUUAUCAGUACAACAAAGAUAUUUGAUAAAAUUCGUCGUGAUGUUAGCAUUUUAACUGAUAAUUGACUCUAUUUAGUCUGCGAAUAUUAGUUCAACUUUUGUGCUUAUCCUCUGGACUGAACUAUCUAACGCACUUCUCAACUAAAGUGUAUUACCUUAACUGGAAGAUGUUUUGCAUCUGAAAUGAAAUAGGAAACAGGCACUUAGCAGAUGGGGCACAAGGACGACUUUAACACGAGUUAUGCACCUUUGCUUCGUUUUUUUAGCCUUUCUUUCUGUCAUUGCGGUAAUAACUUUUUUUCGAUACACAUAAUCGGUUUCCUUUUUUUUUUUUUUCAUAGGCGAUAGAAAUGUUAGACCUGUGUACGUAGAUCUUUAUAUAAGUUCUUUCUGUAUGAAACUAUUAAUAUUUAAAUGCGGUGCUUAUUUAUGUAAAUAAAUUCAACGUAACGGAUUCAUCCAUUAGUUAUUAACAUUGUUGUUAGACUUAAAGAGAAAAAAUUUAUUAAAAUAAUAUUUAAUGUAUAGUAAAUAAGCUAUUUUGUAUAGAAUGAAGAAAAUGCUUUUAAUUAACACAUUAUACUUGAUUGUAAUUUUUAUAUUAAAGUGUACAGCUGAAAUUCGGA